CUACGACAGCAGGCACCCUAAAACAACGACUUUGUUCCUUCUUCGUCCCGCAUUCAUUAUUUUCACUUCCUCACUCUCACAAAACUCUCUUCCGGAACCAACUCUUCACUCAAAAACCUGUAUAAAAUCAAACUCAGAUUUUUUUAUUUUUUUAUUUUUGGUUUUUGAAUAAUUACAGCUGAAUAUUUCACUCGGCGUAGCGCAAACUCAGAGAGACACGUCAUGAGCCGCUACGACAGCCGCUCGUCGGACUCCAGCUCUUAUCGUGACCGUCGAAGUGAUUCAGGGUUUGGUGGGUCUUCGGGCUAUGGCAGUUCAGUGCGAUCCUCAUCAAGCAAGAGGGAAUAUGAUAGUGCCGAGCCACCAAGGAAGUUAGAUUUGGAUGGAUUGACUCCUUUUGAGAAGAAUUUCUAUGUCGAGUCACCGUCAGUGGCUGCAAUGUCAGAGAGGGAUGUGGAGGAGUAUCGAAAACAGAGGGAAAUUACAAUUGAAGGCCGUGAUGUUCCAAAACCUGUCAAGAGUUUCCGUGACGUGGGGUUUCCAGAUUAUGUAAUGCAAGAAAUUACAAAAGCUGGCUUUGUUGAGCCAACAGCUAUACAAUCUCAAGGAUGGCCCAUGGCUUUGAAGGGUCGUGAUCUUAUUGGAAUUGCUGAAACAGGCUCUGGAAAGACAAUUGCCUAUCUUUUGCCCGCAAUUGUCCAUGUUAAUGCCCAGCCAUUUUUAGCUCCAGGAGAUGGCCCAAUUGUUCUAGUUUUAGCUCCAACACGUGAACUUGCUGUUCAAAUACAACAAGAAGCUACUAAAUUUGGUGCAUCAUCACGGAUUAAAAGUACCUGUAUCUAUGGUGGGGUUCCCAAGGGACCUCAAGUGCGUGAUCUCCAGAAAGGUGUUGAAAUUGUCAUCGCUACACCUGGGAGGUUGAUUGAUAUGUUGGAGUCGCACAAUACAAAUUUGCGAAGGGUAACUUACCUUGUUUUGGAUGAGGCUGAUCGGAUGCUGGACAUGGGGUUUGAGCCUCAAAUACGGAAGAUUGUUUCACAGAUCCGCCCAGAUCGUCAAACAUUAUAUUGGAGUGCCACUUGGCCUAAGGAGGUUGAGCAACUUGCUAGGCAGUUCCUUUACAACCCUUACAAAGUGAUUAUUGGUUCACAAGACUUAAAAGCUAACCAUGCAAUACGCCAACAUGUUGACAUUGUUUCUGAGAACCAGAAAUAUAACAAAUUGGUAAAGUUGCUGGAGGACAUCAUGGAUGGUAGCCGAAUACUGAUUUUCAUGGAUACUAAGAAAGGUUGUGACCAAAUUACCCGGCAGCUUCGCAUGGAUGGAUGGCCUGCUCUCUCAAUUCAUGGGGAUAAAAGUCAAGCAGAAAGGGAUUGGGUCCUCUCAGAGUUUAAAGCUGGGAAGAGUCCAAUAAUGACUGCAACAGAUGUUGCGGCUCGUGGUUUAGAUGUCAAGGAUGUAAAAUAUGUGAUAAAUUAUGACUUUCCGGGAUCUCUUGAGGAUUAUGUUCAUCGCAUUGGUCGAACUGGAAGAGCUGGGGCAAAAGGAACAGCUUACACUUUCUUCACAGCUGCAAAUGCUAGGUUUGCCAAGGAACUGAUUACCAUACUCGAAGAGGCUGGACAGAAGGUCAGUCCUGAAUUGGCAGCUAUGGGUCGUGGUCCACCUCCUCCAUCAGGACAUGGGGGUUUCCGAGACCGUGGUAGAGGUUACAGUGGUGGUCGCUCAUGGAACUAAUUUAUGAAGGGGGACUGUGAGCUUGGUCUCCAAUACAAAGAAACGGCGGCCAUCUCAACUUGCAGAUGAGGGAAAACUUGUAUGUUUAGAGGAUAGAUUUUAGGUGUUAUUGUUCUUAAUAUUUAACUGUUUUCUUUUUUCCCAAUUACUGUUUUAUUGGUAUCACUGCCUUGUAGAAUCAGAGGCCAUUAGUGUUACUACUAGAUUCUGUAAUAUAAACUGUCAAACUCUCUGUACACAACAUUUGCUGAAAGAGCAGUUUUUGUUCAUCAAAGAAUCUUGACUCUUAUAAUCAAACUAGUUUCUCAGUUUCUA